AAAACGAAGCAUCCGAGAACUGAACUAGGCACUAGGCAGACAGUGUAGGGAAGCAUUUCGUUGUGGAGUAUCUUUAUUACUAUUUGAUUGUUUUGAUCAGUUACAUAUAUUUGUUUGGAAGUAGUGUGUUUGGAAAACAAAUAUAUUUUUGAAGUAUUGGCGGAAAAGGAUUGUAAAGAAGCAAGAUUAGAGGAUUUCUGAAUCUAGGUAAAAUGUAGCAGACUCUUAUACAGACUAAAAUUAUAAAAUUGAAAAUUGUCAUAAUAAAAUGGACAUUUCCAGUUCAUCUGUUGAUCAUGAGGCGGUAGAAAAAGUUGAUAGUAAUGAUAAACAACAGUCUCCAGAGCAAAAUAAUGAUAUUGAAAAUAAUCCAAAAAACAUAGAAUUAUCUCUUGAAAAACCUAAAAUUGAUUUUGUGUCUACAGUUCAAGAUGAAGAUGUUGUUCUUGGAGUUGAUGAACCUGGAAAAGAUUUUGAUGGAAAUAUUGAUGAAGAUGAACUUUUAAAAGAUACAGAUUUAGACGAAUGUCGAAAAGAUGAUACUAAUGCUCAAAACAUAAAACGUUCAGAAACAUCAAAUCAAUUGAAUGUGGAUAAUACAGAAGAAAAUAAUAUAGUUUCUAACAAAAACAUCAGUUCUCAGGAAUUUGAUCUGUCAUCUGAAUCCUCUAAAAAUAACCAAAUGAAACUAGUCUCCAAUGAGAAAGAAAGUACUGACUUGAAAACCAUUAGCUCUGAGAAUGCCCAAGAUAUAUCUGAUUCCAAUAAUAAAUUACUUGAAGUUAACAAGAAAAGUGAGGAAAAUUUAGCUAUAAAUAGUGUCCAGGUGAAUGAUACUGCAGAACAUAUAAGGUCUAGCGGGGCUGCUGAAGAUGAAAUUAAUAAUUCAGAUUGUAGCAAGUCCUGUGAUGGUAACUCAGUUCUAAAGAAUAAUGAAAACAAAUCAACUACAGAAUGUAGUACUGAAGAUUUAGGUCUUAACAUUGAUGAUUCUAUGGAAGCAACAAGAAUGACUGAAAAUAAUCAAAAUAAUUGUUCAAAUAGAACUGAUUCGCCAAUAAAUAACAGGAUAUCAGAUGAUAAAGAAAAUGACAACUGUAGAAAUAAAGAUAUGUCAGUUAAUAAAGAUUCUGUCACUAAUGAUAGAAAUGAAAACAAUGAAGAUAAUGGAACUAAGUUUUUGCAUGUUGAUCAGGAUAGUUCUCGUCCUGAUGAUACUUUUGAUAUGAUGGAAACUGGAGGUGAAGAUCCAUUUGCUCAAACAGUGGAUGAAGCAAUGGAAACUAAUGAAAGUGAUGAAAAGAAUGAAUAUAUCAACAAAACAGAGAAGUGUCAUACAGACAGUGAAGUAAUGGAUGUAGAGGACAUUUCAUCGACUCCUACAAUUGAAGAUACAACAUUAACAGAAAGUGAUGUUCAUAACUCAAAGUCAUCUGAUAUAAUUGAAAGUACACAAAGUAUUAAGCAAAAUGAAAUUUCCUCAGAAACUAAUGAUACAGUGGCAACAAAUAAAGUUGUUUCUCAAAUAGCUCAGAGAGAUGGAGUUACAAAUGACAGUGAAGAACGCGUAGAGACUGAAGGUACUUCUAAUAAAAAAGAAAAUACCCAGAUAAACAAGACUCAGGAUGGUGAAGUUUGCAUAGUGCCUGAUAAAGUUUCCAAAGAAAAUAACACUUCUAGUGAAGUGAAAGAUAUGUCUAAAACAGCCAAUGUCACACCAUCAAAAUUUGCAAGUAAUAAAUCAAGUAAAUCAAAACACAAAUCAAAAAAAGUGUCUUCAGAUGAAUCAAGUGAUAGUGAAUUGGAAAUAGGAGACACAAAAUCUGUUUCAAGACCAAAACGAAGUGCAGCCAAAAAAGCUGAGUCUCAAAUAAAGGUAAGCAUAACAGGAAUUGUGCAUCUUUAUAGAAUUUAUAGUAUA